CAAUGAAUCAAACACAAAGUUUUUAAUAUUCUUGCAACAUAUAUUGCAAGAAUAUUGUAGGAAUGAAAUUCUAUAGUUACUCAUAUUCAGAAUAGAUCUUGGUUUAAGUAUGGAUAGAUAUGUCUUAGAUGUCUGUUUUACUCAUUCAAACACUUUACUUGCUCUCCUAUAUGUUAUACAACUUGCAUUUUGUUGCUUAAAGAUGUAUGCGCAGACAACAAUUGAACAAAUAAAAACUGAGCUUUAGCUUGUUACAGCAAACUUUGAAACCUGUUUCUGUAAAGUACUUUAUUAAAGGAUUAAAAAGUAAAAUAUUAUAUUUCUGGCCCUGCACUAGUAGAUUAGCCACUUACAAACACCUCUGAGCGAUGACAGCUGAUGGCAUUGCAAAGAUCUAAAAAUGAUCUGUUGUUUGUCCAUUUCCGUGACAAAAAACAGAAGUUUACUCACAUUAUUGUUUAUAUGUACAGAUAGGGACUGAUCCCUUGCAGGGAUAUGGAUGACAACAGACAGUCUUGUGCUGAAUGAGUGCCGAGCAGAAGUUUAUUUAGGUAGCAGAGGUGGGAGGAAUCGGCAAUCAACAGCCAGUAGGAGCGGGAGGAGCAGAGCAGAGGUGCAGCAUAAAAUACGACAGGAACCGGGACGUCAUGACACUUUAAUAAAUUACUUGGUGUUCCCAAGCCUGUAUUCAAUAAAAAGUUAUAAUGGUUUUUCUCCAUGAGGUUUGAGCCCCACAUGCAGUAACUUGUAUUCCAGGUACAUUGUCAAUUAAAUUAUACUCUGAUACAAAAAUGGUUUUUUCCCCCUUUCUAAAUAAAACCUUAUCAUUAAGGCUAAAUAGCUUUAUUUCUAUAUCAUAACAAUAGCGAUACAAUGUGUAUUUUGCACAUAGAGGAGACACAAAUGACUUUUGUCUUGGACAACAUGCGGUUUCCCAGUUGACAGUAUCUCAGAAAUAAUCAUGUAAGGUCUGGAAAACGUUGCCACUUGUCUCUUCUCAGGGACUGUGUGACGUCAAUAAAAUAAACACCUCCACCACAGUCCUGUUGGGCACCAUGAGAAGUGCUAAACAUUACCACUUCAUAAGUGGUAGACCUGAUCUCAUUUUAUGAUCACACCUAUUUUGCUGAUUUUGCAUUUCCAUGGUCAACCCACAUCCUUUGAGGCUAAGACAUAAAGAGCAGAUUGUGCAUUAUGAUCGACAUUCUUCUCGACAUCAAACACCCUGAUAGGAGGAAAUGUUUUGUCUAAGGGAUUUCAUUGCUGCCUGUGCCUUGUUUCUUAUCAAAUUCAGUCAUGGUUCUGAGAUUAUCAAUGGGAGAGAAGUGGAGCCCCACUCGUUACCCUACAUGGCUCUCCUGGAGUCAAGCAAACCAGUCUGUGGAGGAAUACUAAUUGAUCCAAAAUGGGUUCUGACUGCUGCACACUGCAGAAAGAUUCAGACUGUGUUGCUGGGGGUGCACUCCAUCAAAGAAAAGAAGAAUGAACAGCAGUACAGGCAGGUCCGUAAGGUGAAGAGAAGUGUUCCUCACCCUUGUUAUGACAGCAAAGAAAAAAACAACGAUCUCAUGUUGCUCAAGCUGGACAAGGCAGUGAAGCAAACCAAAUGGGUGAAAACUCUCAAGCUGAAUAAAGCUGUCAAAGAGCCAGCAGCCGGUUCAGUCUGCAAGGUGGCUGGAUGGGGAAAAACCAAAAAUGAUGCAACUACCAUGUCAGAUGUUUUGAUGUCGACCAAUGUGACAGUGAUCGACAGAAUGAAAUGUAACUCAAAAGAUUAUUACAACCUUGCUCCUUAUAUAACUAAGAACAUGAUAUGUGCCGGGUGGAAUGGCAAAAUCAAAGCCGACACUUGUCAAGGAGAUUCAGGAGGGCCGAUAUUGUGCAAUGAAGAUCUAGUUGGAGUUACGUCUUUUGGGCAUGGGUGUGGAAUUCAAAACAAACCUGGAGUAUACGCUUUCCUCACUGAAGACAACCUUAACUGGGUCAAGAAGACAAUGAAGACCAAUGAAUAAACCCUGCUUUUCAUUUUUGCUGUUUAACUCUUUCAAGCACUUUUGCGAUUCCAUUCGAAUUUGACUUGCAUUAUGUUGCUGAAGAAUGCAUGUGCAGACAACAACUGAACAAAAGACUGAGUUAAAUCAAACCUUGAAAACAGUUUCCAAAAACCUAUUUAAAAGAAUAACGAAUAAAAUAUUAUAUUUC